AUGGAUGAAGCAUCGGAUGAAGAUUUCUGUGAAAUUGAAUUGCCUCCAAUCAUAGAUCAAUUGAAACGUCUACUAGAACAAUAUUCAGAUGGACAGAUUAUUAAGGAACUGAUACAAAAUGCUGAAGAUGGUGGAGCUACAGAAGUUAAGUUUCUAUACACUGGUAAAAAACAUGAAGAAAUUCAAUAUUCAAUGAAAGCAUGGAAAGAAACACCAAUUAAAAUUGCUAUGCAGGCACCUGCUAUAUGUGUACACAACAAUGGUAUAUUUACUGAUAAAGAUUGGAAAGGUAUUGCUGCCAUACAGUGUAGUCAAAAAGAAAAAGAACCUUUGAAAGUUGGUAGAUUUGGAUUGGGAUUUAAAUCCGUUUUCCAUUUAACAGAAGUGUUUGAAGAAUCAGAGAAUGAUUUGAUUUAUCGAGUACAGAUAUCUGUCGAGGAAGAAGAGGACCUUCAUCAAAUUCGUGAUCAGAGAGGAGAUUUUUUACAGAAAGUUGAAGAAUUGAAUGGGAAAUUGGCAAAUGAAUAUCUUUUCCAUUAUUUGAAACUUUCUAUUAAAUGUGAAGGGAAGAAAUGGUUAUCAGAAGAAACAAAUACAAAAGAUUGGAUAGUGGUAAAUCAUUAUCAUGGAGGAUCUGUAAGUAAUGGUCUACAGGGACUAAUAGAUGAUGAAGAAUGGUCUUAUAGUCCAUAUGUCAGUGUAGCAGGAUGCUUAUCAAAUUGUGAUGAAGAGUUUAAAGGGCAUAUAUAUUGCUUUUUACCACUACCGUUAGAACGCACUAGCCCUACUGGCUUGCCAGUUCAUAUCAAUGGGUUCUUUGCUUUGAGCCAAGAUCGUCAUCAUAUUAAAUGGAUGUCAUCAGAAGAGGAAAACAGGAACGGUCUCUCGGAAAAUUCUGUAGAAUGGAACAAAAUUUUAGCUACGGAAAUCUUGCCCUUGGUAUAUUCAGAAUUGCUAACAUAUUUGACUGAAGCUGAUAUUGACACGAAUACAAUAUAUAAAUUGUUACCUAAACCCGAAUUGAUUACUGAAAACUGGAAGAUAUUUAUCAAACCACUUUUUAAACAACUCUACGAGAAAAACAUCAUCUUUACCAAGGCUUCUGGUGGAAAAUGGAUUAAACCUGAUGAAGCAACUGUGUUGGUAAAGGAGGAAUAUCCAGAUACUAUAUUAAAGGUUAUAGAAGAUGUAUAUUUAUUAAAGGAAAAGAAUGUAGCUUGUCUUCCAGAUGAUUUUGUGAAAUCUUUAAAGUCACAUGGCCGGAUUGAAGUAUCUGAUUCGUCAUGUUUACAUUCCUUUUUGAUUCAACAUGAUGAUAUAUUUGACUUGAUGGACAUCAACCAGAAGAUGAAACUACUGGAAUAUUUCAUAUCUAAUGAUAUCGAAAAACUGCAAGAUCUGAAGAUAUUGCCAUUAGCUAAUGGUGAAUUUCAUAUAUUUGAUGCUGAAGAAGAGACUAUAUUCUGGUGUGAAGCAGAGAGUUUGAAAUUAUUCCCGGGAAUGGAAUCAAGGUUUAUGCUCAAUGACCUCUCUCAAGAUAUAUCUCAAAAACUAAUAGAUCGGUUCCAAGUUAAACAACUAUUACCUGAACAUAUUCAAGAAUUACUCAAAGAGUGUAUAGAGAUUAACGGUUUUAGGCAUAAAGAGAUCACACCACAAAUUACUGAUUGGUUAAAUGACGUAUGGAAAUAUAUACACAAAAAUGAGGAUGUUUUCCAGUUGCCAUGGAUUUCACAUUUACAUUUACUACCAUUUCAUAAAGAAAACAAACUCAUCCAUGUUGAUUCAGUGUCUAUUUUGAGUUCCAAAGAAAACAUGGACACUUUAGAUCCACAGUUAUCGAAUUCUCUUGAAAAACUUGGUGUAAAGAUUAUCACCUCACUCUCUAAUACAAUAUCAGCACUAGUGGAGGGUAAAUUUGUACAGUAUCCUACAACUGAAGGUAUAUUUAACUGUAUGAAGAAAAUAACGAGUAAACAACAAAUAGAACAGUUUAACCAAGAGGCCUCAACUAAUGAAAGAAAUCAACUUCUUGAAAAAUUUGCAAACCUUUCUGAUGACCAGGUUUUGCAGAUAUCUGAGCUUAUUCAACAACUGGAAAUAUUUGAGGUGAUGAACAGUAACCGGUAUGUUUGUUUGAAUGAGAUAAAUACAAUGUAUUAUAGAGGAAGCCAUCCUGAACUACCUAUCUCCUAUAAAGGUACUGUUAUAAAAUGUACAUCAGAGUCUAUCAAGAAAGUUGGAAGAAAUUGUUGUUGUGAUUUCUUAGAAUAUGAAGAGAUCAUUGAAGAUAUACUAUCAUCAUUUCCCAGCUAUAAUAAGUCAGAACAACUUAAAUUCAUGGAAUUCUUCCUAAAGCAUUUAUCACAUUUUGAAAAGGAAAUUAAAAUAAUGAAGUUAGCCGGUGAUAUAUGUGUUAUAGAGAACAAGAGUGGAGAACUUGUGAAACCAAAAGAUUUACUUGACCCAAGUUCAAUGUUACUUAAAGACAUGUUUCAACCGCGUGACUUCCCUUCUAAUAAUUAUGACAUAAAGAAAUUGAAGAAGCUGGGAUUACGAUUUGAAGAAGAUUUAACAGGAAAGGACAUCUUGAAUCUUGCUGAUAAAGUAAUUGAUGAUGGAACUGGUUCAGAUGAGAUUUACAAGAAAGGUGUGGCUCUAUGUCAAUGGAUAGAUAAAUACAACGAUAGAUUGGAACAGGAAGUGAUAAAUCUAUUAACCUCAAAGACAAUCUGCCCAAUUAUGAACAAAAGACCAGAAUAUUAUCCAAAAACGUUACCAUUUAAGGGAGAAGAUGCUAUGUUCCAGUUUAAAAAACCACAAGAUUUAUUCAGCUGUAAAGAUGCCAAUCUAGUUGGUGGAGUAGGUGUAUUAUCUAAUGAAGAUAUACCACAAUGUUUUAAAACAUGUAUCAAACCUGUAGAUGGAGAAGUAUUUGAACAACUGAAAUUGGUUACACUAAGAUACGAUACGAAAGAUAAAAUUGAAUUCUUACCAGUUCUGAAUAAAAUAUAUGAAUAUAUAAACAACUCUAAUCUUAAAAUACCAGACGAAAUUUUAAACCAGAAGAUAGUAUGGACUGGAUCCACCUUCCAACUGUCAUCUUAUGUCUACUGUACAGGAAAGAAGGACGAUCUUCCACUACAACCAUACCGAUAUCUGCUACCUCCUGAAAUGAAUGAAUACCGAAAUCUAUUUGAAAAGUUUGGAUGCAAGAAAGAGCAAAACGACCAAAUGUUGCUGGAUGUAUUGAGUGAUAUCAGAGUGAAGCAUGACGCAAAUCAGACCCUAGACGAAUUGGACGUUUCAAAGGACACAUCAAUAGUUUUACAGAUAAUAAAUAAAUUGGCCAAAUCAACCGAAGAUUACAGUCAGUGUAUUUUAUUGCCCAUCCAUAUAGAUUCGUCCAAGUUGCUGUUAAAACCAGCCAGUGAGUGUACUGUAUGUAAUGAGUCAUGGUUAAAGAAUUUGUCCAGUAUGGAUGAUGAUGAUGAUGAUACAGAUGAAGAUGAAAUCUUUUAUGUUCAUAAGGAAAUAUCUUCUUACACUGCAAACAGAUUUAAUGUCCCUGCUCUAAAUGAUCGUGUAUUAUGUGACGCUGAUAAAUUUGAUAUGAAUUUCGGCCAGAAGGAACCUUUAACAACUAGAUUGAAAAAUCUUUUAAAUGAUUAUACCGAUGGAUUUACUGUACCCAAGGAAAUUAUUCAGAAUGCGGAUGAUGCUGGAGCAAGUGUUGUGAAGUUUCUAUACGAUGAGAGAGCCAUGCCAGAAGCACUGACAUGUCUGUUUGAUGAAGGUAUGGAACCUGUACAAGGACCAGCAUUCUGGGCAUAUAAUGAUGCUAAAUUUACAGACACUGAUUAUGAGAAUAUAACAAAGUUAGCUGGAGCCACAAAGAAAGAUGAUCAAAUGAAAAUUGGUAGAUUUGGGCUAGGGUUUAAUUCUGUCUACAACCUAACUGAUACACCAAGCUUUAUUUCUGGUGAUACAUAUGUUAUCUUUGAUCCUCAUGAGACUCAUUUACACAAAUCUGGGCUAAAAAUCAAACUAAAUUACUCAAAAAAUCGGAAAAUGAGACAGAAGAUGAAAGGGCAGUUUUAUCCAUUUGAAGGAGUCUUUCAAUGUAAAGUCCUAAAUAAAGAACAAGUCGACUUUGAUGGAACACUAUUCAGAUUCCCUCUUAGAAAUCAAUCAGAAGCGGCUAAAAGUUUGAUUAAAGACUUCUGUUACUCAAAAAAUGAAAUGAAGGAAUUCAUUCAAAAGAUUGCAGAUGGAUGUGGAAAUCUGUUGCUGUUCACUCAGAAUGUAAGGAGAAUUGAACUUCAUCAUCUACAUAAAGGAGGCAAACCAAAUGAAGCACAAUUAAUACUGGAAGUUACCAAGUCAUCUAAUCGGGAUAAUACUUCUGCUCUGAAGAUAUUGACAAGCCACAACAGUCAGCGCCAAGACGGUCAACUUGCACAAUUAUCAGAAGAAAUUGAAAUUUUGGUAUCAGUCAAAAAGACAGGAACAGCGCAAGACUUUUUCAAACUACCACAUAUUGAAAAAACUGUGUCUUAUUUAAUAAGUUGGAGCUUUGGGAAAGAUAAAGUAGUAAAUGCAGCAAAAAGAAAAGAAUUUAAAGGUCUACUUCCUAUUGCUGGAACAGCUGUUUUAAAGAACAACCAGGAUGAUGAUACCAGUAACUUUGGAUUCUAUGAUAAAUCACAUCUGUUCUGUUUCUUACCUCUACCAAUACCAACGAGUUUACCUGCUCACGUGAAUGGUUCAUUUGCAGUACAGUCUAGCCGUAGAGAUCUUGUAUGGCAAAAUGAAGAUGAUAUUGAGGUUCCUGGAGAUGAAUGGAAUAUGUGCCUGCUGGAAGAUGCUUGUUGCAAAGCGUAUCUAUUGAUGAUGACAACUAUGGCUAGAGAUGUACCAGAGGACAAAUAUAACAGACUUUGGCCCAAUAUUUCACAGUGUACAUCAAGACAUGAUAAAGUACUAUCAAGACAUAUUUAUAAGACAAUUUGUGCUGGUGAUUAUAGAGUGUUCCAGUCUAAAGAUAAACCUGUUUCUAUUAAUAAUGCCAUCUUUCUUGAUCCAACCUUAAGAGACCAAGAUGUUAUUGGUGAAAUAGCCCUGAAAGCUUUAUGUCAUUUCUCCAAAACGAAAAUGGAUUCCUUAAUCCCACAUUUUGAUGGUGGAAUCUCUGUGGUAGAUCUGCUUCCGGACGUUUGGAAACAGUUUAAAAGUGCUGGUUGUGAAGAAGUUAUUAGACACAGAAUGGUAACAAUUGAAACAUUCUACAGUUGUUUAUUUUUCCCAACAUUGACUGAUAAGUUCUGGUCUCCAGAAGAAAUUGAUGAAUUACUUCUUUACAGUCUUCAGCUAAAAAAUGAUAGAAUUAACGAGCUAAUAGAAAAUAGUGACUGUAUACCAACGAAACCAAACCAUAAAAGACUUAAACCAAGCUUAUUAAUUCAUCCACAUGGUGAGAUAGCAGAAUUGUUUGAUGAAUCUGAAGAACGUUUUCCAGAUGAUACAAAACUAAAGACGGGUAGCUUUAGAAACGUUGAGGUUCUGGAUAUUUUGAGGAAUCUUGGUAUGAUGAGCGAUGAUUUACCAUGGGACCAAAUGCCAGAAAGAAUUACCAUUGCAGUAAACACACUAAAUGAAAAAUUGAUCCAAUCUCGCUUUGAAAAAUUUAUGGCAUACAUGUCUACAGGGAAAGAAAAUUACAAGAAGAAAUUUGAGUUUUGUCCUAAAAACAUACGACAAGAAUUGUCCAUGCUACCAUUCCUACCAGUAAAGACUCUAACGUGGAAAUUUCCCCAAUUUACAAACAGUGAUAAGAAGAUGUUUGUUUCCACACAUGAGGCUUAUUUACAAGAUCUUCAGGAAUUUGUUGGCUGCACUUCACCAAUUGUUGAUACAUCUACUAGAUCCUACACCAAUAGUUACCAUGAUUCCAUUUUAAAAUGGUUGGGUGUUAAACAUUCAGAACAACAGCUACCACUGGAACUGGUCCUAGAAAAUAUGCUGAUAAUGUCACAGUACCAUUCCCAGUCUCUUACCAACGAUUUGUAUCACGACUUGGAAAAAUCAUUUAUUGCCAUGUACAAAUAUUUAAAUAAUAAAAUAGAUAAUUCAGAAGAGACACCAGAGCAGAAUGAAAAUAUAAAACAGUUAAUUUUGAAAAAACUGAAAGGAAAGGCUGUUGUAUUACAUUUAGAAUCUUUGACAACUCCUGAUGUUUUGGUUCUAGAACCAGGGAUCCACACAGAACCAUAUAUUUCUAGUACAAACCUUGCUAGAUCAUACGAGAAAUUAUUUAUCUUAAUUGGAGUACUACCAAAAUUGACUGCAGUAAAGAUUCUUGAGAUCCUGAUUCUGAUAGACAAUGAAAAACGUGACAGAGUGUUAGAAGAGGCUGAAAUAAAUAUCAUAGCUCAACUGUGUAGAUCAUUUGUUAAGUUAUCAGAUGAAGAACGAUGUAGCGACAUUGUGUCAGAAAAGAUAAAAGACGUCAAGUUACCUGACUCGGAGAAACAAUUAACCUCUAUAUCAUCACUGUGUUUUGAUGAUAAUGUUGACGUAUAUAACAAAGAUAUAGUGAAUAUUAGGCAUCUCCACAAAAAAUUUGAUCGCAAUACAGCUGAAGUAUUUGGUGUCAAAUCCAAAAGAGGACAUAGUUUUGAUGCCAUCUCUUCACCAUUGUUCGCAGAAUUCGGGCAGCAUGAAGAACUGACAAAUCGAAUCAAGAGAAUUUUAGAGGGUUACCCUUGUGAUGAAUCGAUUUUAAAAGAAAUGCUUCAAAAUGCUGAUGACGCUGGUGCUACAGAAGUUAUAUUCAUUAAAGACUUUCGAACGUUACCCAAAACAUCCCUCCCAGAUCCAAGACUGGAAGAAGUUCAAGGACCAGCUUUGUGUGUUUUCAACAAUAGUUUUUUUACUGAAGAAGAUUUGAAAGGAAUUCAGGACUUGGGAACGGGUAGUAAACAAGAAGAAGUUCUAAAAACCGGCCAAUAUGGUGUGGGCUUUAAUGUUGUUUAUCGUGUAACUGAUGUUCCAUCAUUCUGGAGCAAGGGUGGAGAUGUUGGUGAAACCCUUUGUAUAUUCGAUCCUCACUGUAAAUACCUUUCAAUGGCACAUUCAAUGAAACCUGGUGUAAAGAUAGAUGCUGUUGGUCUAAAAAAUUCAUUUCCGGAUUUCAAUGAAGGAUUUCUACCUGAAUUUACAAGGACAUUGAACCAAGGCACGGUAUUUAGGCUCCCACUAAGAAAUAAACAAAUGGCUGGUUUGUCUAAAAUUUCAAAGCAUGAGAUGACUGAAAACCACAUUGAUAAAAUCUUUGAAAUUUUGAAGAAUCAAAUAUUCUCAUCUAUGCUGUUCUUAGAGAAUAUUACCUCAGUUAAAUUUGGUACAGUUAAAUCAAAUGGCAAAGUACAGAUUGACUAUACUGUUCAGUCCCGUAAACAAAACCAACAGAAACAGGAAAUUUUCAACAACCAUUUAUUAGAUCUCAGUGCCAGAAUUAAAGACAAACAUUGUGAUGCUUUUCAUCUACUGAAAGAGGUGACUAUUAAUAUGAGAAUCAAAGAUAGUUUAAAGAAAGAUGAAGAAUACUUGAUAGUAAAACGUGCCGGAUUUAAAAACGGACUGCCUGAUAAAUUGAUUGAAGCUUUAAAGAGUGGUAAAUUAAUGAAACUACCACGAGGUGGAGUGGCUAUGAAUUUAAAGAAAUUCAAAGUCGAGGGAAUUGCCUAUUGUACAUUGCCUCUACCGAUAUUCACUGGUCUCCCGGUUCAUGUGAACGGACAAUUUGCUUUAGAUCAUGAAUCAAGAAGAAAUAUCUGGAAUGAUGAAACAUCUGUAGCUGGAUUGUGGAAUAGUGUAUUAAAUUCUCAAAUCAUUGUCCCAGCGUAUUUGACAUUAUUGGAAGAGUUUAAACUAUACCCAUUAAGUGUCCGUCAAAAAACCUUAAGCAAACAUACCAUGGAAAAGGAAAUCAGAAAGUUUGAAAAUUUACUCCCUAAAUCCCAAUCGACAAAUGAUAAAUUCUGGAAGGAAUUUGUGGUUAAGAUGUAUACGGCCAUUGGGGAGGAGAAGAGACCAUUUUUCCCUGUUCUCAAGGAAAACACACAGAAAUGGAAUGAUAUUGAAUGGGUAGCAGUUCAAACUGGUGCAGAAUUUAAUGGUUGUUUUGAUACACUGUAUUCUUAUUUCAAAGAUGAAACAUCAACAGCAACCACACCGUACAGAUCAUCAGGUUCUUCAAGAUCAACUCAUUUACCGUCUCCAUCAGUAAAGAAAACAACUCAAAGUGAAAACAUUACCCUAAAACAGAUUUUGAUAAGAUUGGGAAUGAAAGUUUUGGAGACAUCUAAACGGAUAUUAGACGAAUUCAAACAAGCUGAAGUCAAGGUUCAAUCUGUUAAUCCUGAAAAUGUUUUGAAGUUUCUCAAAUCUUACCAAAGUAAAGUUGAAAACAGAUGUGAAUUAAGCAUUCCCGAAAAUAUUCAAAAUACGCCAUUUGGAAGCUUGGAAAACUUUAAAUUGGUUUUGGAAUUUGUACUUUGUGAUAUCAAGAUAGAAAAUGUAGAAAACUUACUUGGUUCUCCAUUGCUUUUAAGACAAAAUAACAUUUUGGAUUUCUAUGGAGAAGGGAAAAUAAUAGUGACACGAUUUUGCGACAUUUUUGAAGAAUUUGCGCAACAAUUUAUCCAUUCUGGGUGUGUAUCUAUGCUAGAGCGUUUUGUGGACAGUUUCCCACCAUUAACAAAAUGGUCAUUAGAAUCUUUUAAAGAAAUGUUUGGAAAAUCUAAAAGUUAUAAAUUACUCACAAGUGGUGAAAUUAUUCCUUGGAAUAAAGAUGACUUCUCCUUAGAUUGGAUUUGUAACGUUUGGAAGUUUAUCAGUCAACAUUUACUAAAACAGGAUGGGCACUCAACAGAAAAACUUAUUCCUGGUUCUUUGCAUUUUGAAUUACUAUCAAGGCUAAGUAUUCUUCCUGUUAGAAAAGGAGUCGAUGGGUUUUUCCUGUACCCUCUAUCAAAAACACAUUAUAUAUUCGAUUCAGAGAUAUAUACGAAAAGUUUCACUAACGACAAGAUGAAGGAAGCUCUCCUGAAAUUGAAGAUUCCAAGGUUAGUGUGUCCUGAAACAAACGAGAAAGAAUACGAGACAGCCCGGCAAACCGUGGCAUCGGUAGAUGAUCCAGACAGCAUGGUAAAGCUUCUAUUAAGCAAUUUAAAGACUUCUGUUUGUGAUUGUUCCAAAACAGCCUUCAAUAUAUUGAAGUAUUUUAAUGAUCGGAUUGAUGAUAUUAAACCAGUAGCCAAGGAACUAUACCAACUGAAUCUAUUUGAAACAUAUGAAAACUCUUUGACAACAGUGGUUUCCGCAAAAAGAUACAUCUGUCUAGUAGAAGAGUUUAAGAGACCUGUGCCAAAAGAUGGCAUUAAUCAUUGGGCCGACACUUCCGGUAUAUGUAUUUUGAAAUAUCAUUAUGAUAUUCACAAGCUCUUCGAUAUCUUAGGAAUCAAGUGUGUUAAACCAGAGGAACUUUACUAUAAUUAUAUUUUACCAAACUUUCACUGCUUUCAAGCACAAUACCAUUUAAUUCAUUUAGGAUAUGUUCGAGAUCUUCGAGUUACUUCAGAAGUCAAUGAAUUAAUUUGUUCUGCUUUACAGAAUGUAAAAUUUCUGCCCAAGUCUGAUGGAAGUUUGUACAGAGCUUGUGAUUUUUAUGAUAAGCUAAAUGAUGUGUUUAAGGCGAUGUUCACAGACGAAAACUUUGUACCUCCUCCUUACAAUGACUUGAUAUGGUAUCCAUUUUUAUUAUCAGCUGGUCUUGUUACAACUGUUUCAACAGAGAUGUUUGUUCAGUUUACUACCACUGUUGAAAAACUAGCAAUGGGAGGAAUUGAUAAAAACAUACUUAGAAAAUCUAAUACUCUUCUGCAACAUUUGAAGAAUCGUGGUUCAGAUAUAAUACGUAAAGAAAAUCUCCUGCCAAAAAUAAAAGAUAUCAAGUUUGUAAAACGAAUGAUCCUUGGCGAUCGUCAUGUGCUGAUUCAUAAACAAUUCAAUGGGCAAUCAAAAUCUUUAGUUUCGUUCUCUGGUUCAUUCUUGCAGGAAGACACUGAUUAUGUCUGGACAGUUGGUAAUGUGAUACAAUCAUCUCUUGUACCUAUUGAGGACAGGACACCAAAGGGUGAAAGGACUUUUAAUCAGUUAUUGGGUAUUUCCACUGAAGUAAGUUUUGAUAUUUUUGAAACAAACAUGAAGAAUGUCUCCAGUUCCCUUAAUGAAGAAACAAUUAAAAAAGUAAAUAUGUAUCUUACAUCUUUGUUUGAGAAAUUCUACAAGUAUCUGAAAAAGAAUAUUGACUAUGGAUUUAGUUUGAGUAUUAUUUCAUCGAUAUUCUUGCCUGAUGAAAAGAAAUUAGUUGAACCAUGGCGAGUUAUAAUGAAACCUAAAAUGAAGUCGCAACUGAUAAAUGGUAGAAUAUUUGAAGCUCCUUUAAACUAUUUUAAAUAUUUUGAUGUGUUUGAAUCACUUGGUGUUAAAUCACAGGGAGAACCAUCAAUGUAUCUGAAAGUUCUUGAAGACAUAUACAGAGACUGUUCUGGUAAUGAAUUACAUUUUCAUAUGAGAAGAUUAAGUCAAGUUGUCCGCGAAAAAAUGAUUGAUGAUGGCCGUCAUGGGAUUCCCCGUACAGAUAUACAUCACCGAUUGCAUCAUCCAGAAAUGAUCAAAUCAUUAAUACGUGUAAUGAAACAUUUGCAAGAUAAAAAUCAUAAGGUAAUUGACGAUGAUAAAGCUAUUGAAGACAAAGUUAAGCAGAUAUUGGACAUAAAAGUUAUUUCAAUUGAGAAUUUAACCACACACCUAUUUUAUAAUGACAAUGUUAUCGAUGGGAGCGAAUUCAAAGUAAAGUGUUUUGAAGAUAAAUUAAGAUUGCGAAUCAAAGUAUUAUAUAUAGAUAGUAAAAUAGCAGCAGAUAAUAUUAUAUUUGUAUCCAGAUUAUCAAGAACACUAGGUAAAAUUCUAAAGGAAAAUAUAUCAGAGUUCUUUACUUUAUUGUGGUCCUGUAUUAAAUCUAACCGCAGCGAAAUGCAUGCAUUACUUGAUGAGAUGAACAUAAGACAAUCUGGUUAUGAAUGCAAAUUAAAUGAAGAUAUAUUUCCCGAAGCAGGAACAUUUAUUCCCGAAGACAAGCAUUGGCUUUUAGAUAACAGUUAUUCAAGUUUUUAUGUGGGAGAUUAUGUGGGAUACGAACUUUAUGAUCCCGCUGUUAAUGAUGAGACAGAAGAUAAUGUUACAGAUACUCCUGUUUAUAUUUAUGCUGUUAUUGUCGACAUUUUACAAGAAGAUACAGAAGCACAGUUUGCUCGUUAUAAAAUUGAUAUUGGUGAUGAAGAAAAUAUAGACGUUGACUCGACCAAAAUCUACAAAUUUCACAGGAAUUUAACAAGUAGCUCAAGAGAAAUAGUGUUAAGUGAGGAUUCUCAACAAGGACGUAUACCUUCUGAAUCUACUGUUCCUACCGACAAGAAGAGCAUACUGAAAGAAAUCAGACAGUUAUUAACUAAAGCUUGGAAACUAUCAGAAGCUGAUAGAAAACGAGUCAUUAAACGUUUGUUAUUGAAAUGGCAUCCUGAUAAAAAUCCUAAUCUUGUGAAACUCGCUACAGAAAUCACCCAAACUAUACUUAACUAUAUAAGAUAUUUGGAGAAAGGGGGGAGUUUGGAUGAAGACGAGGAUGAUGAUGAUAAAGAUUACACUGAUGGUGCGUCUGCAGACUAUUAUUCUGGUGGUAAUUACAGCAGUUUCUACUCAAAUAUGCAUUCAAGGGGAAGAAGUUAUGCACAGCAUUCCAACCAACAAAGAUCAAAUAGAUCUUACCAUAGUGACUCCAGUUUCCAUUUCCACACAGGACCAUUCCCCAGACCUGAUGAAGCUAGACGAUGGUACAAACAAGCAAGGUUUGAUAUAGAAGCUGCAGAAGAGUCUCACAAUCAGGGAUCUAAUAAUUACAACUGGAUUUGUUACAUGUGUCAACAGGCUGCUGAGAAGGCUCUGAAAGCUGUGUGGUAUACCAUUGAUUCAAACAAAGUUUCACAAUAUCACAAUUUAUCUAGUAUAGCAUGUGGCCUUACCCAGUAUCCAGAGUUGGUAUCUUUAGCUGAUGAAUUACAGUCUUGUAUUCGUGACCACACACGAAUGAGAUAUCCAGAUACUGUCCAUUUUCCAAAAGUUCCAAAAGAUGUCUAUGAUAGAAAUGAUUCUACUAAAGCUUGUCAAUUGACAAAACAAAUAGUCAACUAUGUAUCUAAUAUUGUUCAUUGUAAGUAUAAUAAUUUACAAUCUUUCUGUCAAUGA